ACCAUGACUGAAACGAAGGGGCACGUCUUCACCAGUUCACCUCCUCCUCCCGCACAGUCAAAGGAAAAGAAAAUCCCCCCAGAUUGGUUCCUUGCCUCGCCGUCGACGCGCCGCCCAGCUCCCGUCCCCCAUCCCGCUCAUGUCCCGCUCUCUCAACCAUCACGCGCGCUGCGCCGCCGAUGCCGUCUUCCCCGUUUCCCCUUCUCUCCUGGCCCAUCCCUAUACGCGCCGCCUCCCAUAUGCCAUGGUCAGCUGGAACCGCCGGUCAGCUCGAUGGCAACUGCCGACGCAGAUCGUGGCGCUCGUGCUGGUUACCUCCUCCACCAAUACAAACGUGCAAGCCCUCCAAUUUAUACUACUGCCGCACUUCCAUUACCUCAACUUUUCUCAUCUUUCUCCUGCCUCAAGUCCGGCACCAGGAGCCAUCGGACCGGACGAUUGCAUACUACCUCCUUGCCGCGCCCGGGCUUCACGGCGGCAGCGUGUACGUGUUCCUGCAGCACACACGACGCCUACAAGUCCAAUUUCUGCACGCUGUAGGCCGCAAGAGUGUUCUGCCUAAAUCGGAGCUAUCGGGCCUGGAAAGCAAGAAACGAGCACCAACACCACUUGCCUCCAAAAGGUUUAUAUCUCAAGUCAAUCCAGCAUUUCAUAUCGAGUCUACGAGGUGCUCUGUUCAAAACCAACACUACAGGUUACCAUCUGAAGCUGCCUUUGAUCACCCAAUCUGAGCCAAUAUACAGGAGAUCUUUGAACCUGGACAGUAUUUCUGGAUCCUCUCCUGGAAAAUAUAAAGGGCCAAGCUUAUUGCCAAGCUUAUUAUUUAUAAAGACCUGCAGAUCAAAAGCGAAAACCCGAUGAAUUCUGUUGAAGAUCCACAUAAAUCAACAGAUGAAGGCCUCGAUGCCAGGAUGUUGGGACGGACUGAAGGUUCAUCGAGUUCUGCACAACCGAUGGAGAUCAUGGGAACCCACAUGGAUUCCGUCGAUGCUUCGAAACGACCUGCUGACUCUACACAACCAAAUGAGAUCGCCAACAGGAAACAUAUGGAUUCUGUCGAUGUUAUGAGACUACCCAUGGACAUAUGCCCUGAGGCGAUGUUGGAACACACUGAAAAUUUGUCGGAUGUUACACCACUAAAGGACGAAAAGAGGCGGAAGACCAAUUUACAACAUAACAAACCCAAGAAAGCAAACAAAAUGGUUAUCCCACAAGAUUAUGUCUGCACUUCCGAAGAUAUAGAUGUUGUCAAGUUAAUCAUGUCUGCACCAAAAAAUACCAAGUUUGUGGACAUCGGUGAUGCCUUGUUAUCAAACAAUGACUUAAGAUGCCUUACGCAAGAUGGCAUGUUCUUGCACGAUGGUGUCAUAAAUGCCUACAUAUAUUGUAUAAGUGACCGUGGUCAUCUCCGGGAUAGAGCCGGUGGAAGGGUGCACCUAGAAAGCACGUUCGUAUCCAGCCGGCUAAAGAGACAUGGAGAAUGUGAGAUAGACCCAUCAGAUCAUCGCCGCAUUGUGGAACGGAUGGAUAAGUAUUUGAAGAAUGACAUGGUCUUCCUUCCGAUCAACGUUACUGCCUCUCAUUGGUAUGUAAUAGUUGUCAACGCGAAAAAACGUGUGAUUCAAGUGCUAGACUCACUUGGUGCUGUUGUAAAACGGAAUGCCGUCACUCUUACAUUGAGAGGACUUGAGAAGCAUCUGAAGAUCGCAUCCCAAAAAAAGGACUUUAACAUAGGUGAAAAGUGGAAUGAUCUCAAUGUUACAAAAUGGCCAGUUAUAGAACAGUUUCCAGAGCCUAUGCAGACUGAUGGUGCAUCAUGUGGGUUGUUCAUGAUAAAUUUUAUGGAAUAUUGGACGGGCGAUAUGCUGACUGACCAUGUCAUACAGGAAGAUAUGAAUGAAUUCCGACCAAAAUUAGCCGCCAUAUUGUAUGAUUCAGAACUGAAUAAGAUAAAAGGUAGCCCGAUAUACGCACAAUCUGACAAAGAAGAAAAUGGAUCUGAUUCUGAUAUUGUGGUGCUGCCGAAUCCAAAGCGACCAUACUCAUCCGAUGUAGCCGAAGAUGACAGAGUCAAAGAAAAGCGUCAUAUUCUGGUCCACAUGAUGCCCACGGAUCCACACAUGUUAGUUCACGAGCUUUGCAAAUACAUCAUGUCGAUUCAAGACGCCAAACUUUUGGAGCAGGAAUGGGUUCGGAGUUCCAAACCUUAUCCUAUAGGCUUGAAUCUUAAGAAAAUCCAGGAAAUACUCAGAGUGGACAGGCCCAUGGACAAUGAUUGUUUCAACUUGGGAGUACGCAUAGUGGCAUGCGAUGAGAUCCUGCAGAUGGUAGAAACUGAUGUGCACUACAUGGAUCUACGUUUUUGUACGGCGAUGGUCGAUUCCACCCGAGGUCACAAGUGGCGAGUAAAGCCAAAUAUUCAAUCGCUGGCAACAUUGUUUGAUAGUUGGCCCGGGACACCCUACAAAAUCUCUUCAUGCAAAUUGGUUUUGCUUCCUUAUGCAUCCAGGGGACACUUUAACUUGUUCUCCAUUGAUAAGCAAGAAUCUUCUGUAUCUAUUUUGGAUCCUCUUUCGGUGUUUCCAUCUCUAGAGAGUAAAAUGGUUCGAUCUCACAACUUGCAAUUGAAGUUACAAAGAAUUGCAAUCUACCUAAGCGACGCACUCGCAUUAGCACAACCUGGUUGAGAUGCCGAUAUAUUUUCCUGGCCACGUACAUCACCAGUUGGUAUUCCAGAAAAUCCAGACAGUAAUGCGUCGGGUUAUUUCGUGUUUUACAUUAUGCUCUCAUGGAAUGGUAAAGAAUUGGUUCAUCCAAUAUGCACGGAUGGUUACGAGUUGCGGAAGAACUUUUUGAUACAUGUUCUCAGGUGUCAUGAAAAUGAAGCAGAAGAAAAUAUCCCUGCCAUUGUACACCAAUAUUUGAGAAGCAUCAAGGAGUAGAUAUUAGUUGAUCAAAAAAAUUAGUCGAGUGCUUAUUAUCUUAUUCAAAUGCUGUCAGUUACGUUUGUUCUUCAAAUAUACUUCAAACAAGGUUCUUAGAAUAUCUCGUGGAUGUAGUUUUAUACACAAUUUUUAUGUAUGUAUUAUAUUGAGUUAUUGUAAAAAAGCCGUGGCAACGCACUGGCAUUCCGGGAUGAUUAUGCUUCUUCAAGCUUUGAAUCUCAUUAAUUUUUUCAUUUAGUUAGAUCAAUUUGGCCUCGUGUGCCGCUCAUAUUAGAACGCCCACUUGCUGUGCUGCCAGACAUGGUAUUCUCCAUUGAUGAUGAAAGUUAGGAGAAAAUAGCUGUAACCAGAAUAUGAUGAUAUUUCUAUACAAGUCACGUACCAUUUUCCACAA